ACUUUUACUUACUUUCAAAAAACCAGUUUGACUUGUAGUAACUUAUUUUACUUGAAUACAGUGAUUUUGUAAGCUAAAACAGCUAACCAUAUUAAAGAGGUGAAAGUUAGGACUUUGUAGUGGAUAAGGGAUGCAAUGCCCCAUUAAAGCAUCCCACCACCACUAAUCUUAAUGUCUGCUUGGGUACUUAAUGCUGCUUGCUGUGUAAUGCUGGUUCUUGCCUAGUGGGACACAUUUGCUGAUGAGCAACUACUGAACCAAGUAAAUUAAUCAUCACUGUGAAGGUCUUACCUGACACUGUGACCAGUCUAAAAGUGGGAUCAUCAUAAGAUGCAUGGCCUGAAGUGCUGCAGAGUGUCAGAGAAAGGGUAAAAUGAUCAGAACCUGAAUACACAUCUGCCUAGUAUCGUGUAGUAUGAUUUUUGUAUCAGUGGUAAGAAACAGAGUGAAGUAGAACCACCUCUGGGGUCUAGGAAGAGCAAAGAGUGUGUAGUUGUUGGGAUUUCUUUUUCAGAAAAUUCAGCAGAAGAAAGAUGAAACAAGUUCACCUAGAGGCAGCAGCUGUUAGCUAGUAAAACUUUCAGGCCUAGAGCUGGGUGGCAGGGUUUGACAGCAAACUUUUCCCAUUCAAGAUGUCCAGGGUGUUGGCAGAGCUGUCAGUGCACCCUAAAGCUCCAAAACAAACUGCCUUUUCUUUUAGAAAGAACAUACUGGCCGCCUUGUUAUCGGAGACCACAGAUCAACCUCUCACUUCAGGACAGGGGAAGAAGACAAGAAAAUGAAUGAGGAGUUGGAGUCUCAGUACCAGCAGAGCAUGGACAGCACCAUGUCGGGGCGGAAUCGGCGCCACUGCGGGCUUGGGUUCAGUGAGUUUCAGGAAGAUGAACAAGAAGAGGAGGCAGCUGGACACUCCUCUGAUGAGAGUUCAGAGGAUUCUGAAAGUGGCUCUGAUUCAGAGCAAGAGGAGUCUGCAGAGGAGCUGCAAGCUACUGAAAAACAUGAUGAAGCUGAGGUUCCAGAAAACAAAAAAGAAGCAAAAAGCAACUAUAAAAUGAUGUUUGUGAAAGCCAGUGGUUCAUAACUGCAGAUGUAACAGCUUUGUAUUUAAAGUACAGUAAGCCUUAUUGUUACAGUGCAAAGUGGAGGACUGCUACAGCACAAAUCUUUGUAUUUUGAUUUUAAAAAGACCCUGUUAGAUGACAAAAAGUAGUGUUUGCUUUCUGUUGCCAUGGAUAACAUUUUUAUGGGCGCAGUGAUAUUACUGGUUUUUGUAAAGUGUAUAAAAUCCUGGAUGGAGAAAUAAAUUUGUUUUGUUCCUGCCCAA